AUGCUAAGGUCGUUUUCCACAUCAGUUAAACGUCUUAACAGACAACCUGGAGUGUCUCAACUAAUCCUUGAUUCACUCCGAGAUCCGUCCAAGAUCCCAAAGAAACAGGAGGUGAUUGUUUUGAAUCCUUUCAAAUACCAUUCCAAAAAGAAAACCAAAGUAUCUAAACCUACAGUUAACUUCACACCCGAUAGUUUUGGACUUUUCGAACAAACUAAUGAUGAAGAAUCAUUCCUUAAACUCAUAAAUAACAUGAAGAUCUCAGAAACGUUGUUGACGGAAAGAAAAGUUAAACUCAUCAAGCAAAAACUUGCAAGUUCAUUCUCCAAGAAUCAGUUAAAUGAGUAUGUCAACAGUUAUUACAAUGACCCUGGGUUCAAAGGUAGAAGAAGAGGAUUGAAAUCCAAAUCCAAAGCCCAAUUAUCACACAUUAUCUUGAAAGAUCUCUGGAAUGUCAGACAAUCAGGGGUUAAGUCCAGUGCUGAAGAUUUACUAGUUACCCAUGAUAUCUCGUUAUCCAAGAAAGAUAUGUUCCUUUUAUUAUCCAAAGAUGGAAUGUUAUUGAACUAUCUUAGUCGUGUAGGGUGUAAGAUCAAGUUAAAGAAAGAGAAAAUCCAAUUGACAGGGACAGAAGAUCAAAUUACUACUACCAGAAUCAUCUUAAACACCAUACUAAACAACAAAUUCCAAGAAGUAUUGAAUUUGAAGAUCAUAAAGCAAUUAUAUGUCGCCAAAUAUGGUGAGUUCAACCUUAAUAGACUCAGCCAAUUGACACAAAUUCAUUUUGAAGAAUUAGAUAACGAUAAUUUCAGAUUGACAUCAUUAAAUGAACAUUUAAUCAAAAGAGCCAAAAGAUCUAUUUUGUGGUUCUUAGAUUUUAAUCCAAAUAUUAAGAAUUUCCAUAUGAUUCCUUCGGCCUACACCGAUUAUGACUAUUUACCCAUUAAAAUCGAUGAAUCGGUUUCUUUCAAAGAAAGAGCCAAUGAUUUGUUCCGAUUAUCCACAUCUUUCCAACCAUCCAACGAUUACAUCAAACAACUGUUCAAGGAUAUUGACGACACGGCGGAGCCUGAAGUGGAUGAUUUGUUCAAGAUGGAAAAUAAUUUUCUCACUAAGAAUUCCAUCACUCAAUCCAUUGAUCACCCCACGGAAGCUAUCUUAAACGACCUGGAGGUCGAUGAACUCUUCAAUACCUUGAAAGACUUCGAACAAAACAGUUCAAUUGAACAGGAGAAGUUAUUAGAUCCACAAAUAACCAUAUCCUUCGGGAAUGUUUUACUCGAAACCCCUAAAAAUCCACAAUCCACAAACUUAAUCCCCGUUUAUGAUUCCCAUACCAAUCCUACAGUGAAGUUUAACUCCUCAAUCCCCUUAAUUAACGAUAAAAUCAUGAACUUACCGUUAUUUGAUUACGAUACUUUGAGUUUUAAUGAUAUUCUCGAUUUCAAGAACAACGACCCUUACAGAUCAGUGGUACAAUUGGUGUUCCAACCAUCAUUGUACAAUACCGAUAACGAAGAUUUGGUUAGUUAUCCGCCUAUCGAAAUGUGGGCAGACAUCAAUAACUUCGGUAAGAUCGAAAUGGAUAGUUUCCAAUUAUUGACCGCUGAGGAUGAAAACAAUUUCCAUAUCUCCUUACCCAACAAACCGUCGGACUUAAAGGUAUCAUCUCAAUUGAUAGGUAACUUACUUAAGAGUGAAGACGCCUUGGAAGUGGAAGAUGUCAAAGAACAAUCCAUCGAAGAUAUUUUGAAAUCCACCACGGUAAAAUACUCCAACUUCAAACAACAGCCCUAUUUAGAAGAUUUCUUAAUCAACAGUACCAUCAACUUCAAAGGGAGUGAGAAGACUUCCAUCCAACCAACAAUCAAAAUCAAGUUUGGUGAUCAAUUGGUAGAAUAUCAGUAUAUUUCCACUCAUUUCCGUAGAGUCAUUGAGUUCAACUAUAAGGGGAAAUUGUUACAAUACACUAUCAUUGAGGGAGGUCCAUUAGGAGGAAGAAGAUCUGAGAUCAGUUUAUCAGGAAGGGAUUUUACUAAAGAGACAUUGAAAGAGUUGGUAGACGAUUCGGUGAUGUUGAUUAAUCAAUUAUAG